GUGCGGGCCGUGCGCCAGACCUCAGAGCCAGCUCUGGUCUCUGUGGGGCAGCGGCUUGACGCACCCGGGCGCCCGGCAGCCUCUUCUCUGUGCGACAACGCCCCCGCCCCCGCUGCCCCCAGACAGGAAAGCCCUGAAGCCCCAGGCCAGCUCCG